AUGCCUUCGUCUAAUCAGUCUCAACAAGCUGGGUAUGCGGUGGGUCGAGGGGCCUUUGUAAACAAGCCCAGGGUCGGUCAAAUUAGCGCCCCUUACAACUUGCGCCGUACCGAGUUAGACCCCGAUGAUUCGUUACGCUCUGAAGUGAGCACGGUGAAUGCGACUCCUCAAAGCCUGGAGGUGAUUCGCAAGCACAUCAUCAAGUUCCUUGCAGAGGACGGCACAUCUCGCAGUGUAGAUGUGAGCCAAUGUAAGCAGGCAAGCGAUGUUCUUGCCAAGGUCCUGCGCAAGUUUGGACGCUUGACAGAACCUGACUCGACGCAGUACAUGCGUCGCUGGGUGCUUGCUAUGACCGACGCUGGUGACCAACUGAAAGUGCUAUCGGAGAUUGAGCUCAUGGCCUUGUGCUCGCAGCCGCACAAUUACGAGCCAGUGUGGCGACAUGGUCUAUAUCUUCUUCGAACUACCGACGAGGAGCCUCUACGGCCUGGAUCCAAAAGGGAAGCACCUGUUGAUGCCUUCCGUCAUCUGCCGAUCACCCGCCGCGCCUCGACGUUUAGCAUUCUCAACGGUCUCGGCGGCGGCGAACUGUCGGAGAUCGAGUCUUUGCCUGCUGACUCCGCGACGCGCAGCAAGGCGAAGCCGGCAGAUAUGUCGGGGCCCUUGCCGAAUGUGCGACGCCGUGUGCGCAACUUUUUUGGACAGCGCCCAUCGUCUGAGCUCAUUAGUUCGCACCUCGCGGAGUACUUCCCAGCGACCAAUUCGAACGAACUGCGUCGAUACUCGAAAGGCUCUUCGAAGAAACGGGUGUCUGUACCUAUGACGCCGUACGCACCUCGAUCAAACGUUCAGCCAUCAGGCCCGGACAUUGAAUCAGAUCCGACUGACGAUCAUGCGAGUCUGGUGACCUUGGAUGAGAUUACGCAGGAUCUCGAGCGUGCUUCUGUUCAUGAUACCGGCGAAAAUGACUCGGGGCGGUGGAGUAAUCCAUCCUCUGCUCCUUUGCCAGUGCCAACUGAUACUGUGUCGGCGACGCAAAUGCUGCCACCCACAGUGACAACGCCGUCUGUGUCGCCCGAGUUGACGGCCCCCUUAACUGAUGGCACAUUCGCACCAAGUGGGGCGCCCGCCACAAAGCAGCAUAUGCGCUGGCAUAAGGGUGCGUUGAUCGGCACCGGCUCGUUUGGCAAAGUAUUCUUGGGCAUGAAUGCCAAGACUGGUAUGCUGAUGGCUGUAAAACAGGUCGAACUUCCGCACUCGGAUGAUGAGAUGACGCGUCAUCGCCGCAUGAUGAUCGAGUCGCUUGAGUCGGAGAUUGUGUUGCUCAAAUCGAUCCAGCACCCGAACAUUGUACAAUACCUGGAUUCAUUCGCCGAUGAUAAGCACCUGAACAUUUUUCUCGAAUAUGUGCCGGGUGGCUCGGUGGUGGCACUGCUACAGAGCUAUGGCGCGUUUGAAGAGGCGCUAGUCCAGAACUUUGUGCGCCAGAUUCUGCGCGGCCUUUCGUUUUUACAUGCACGCGACAUUGUGCACCGAGAUAUUAAAGGUGCCAACAUUCUUGUGGAUAACAAAGGCGGUGUCAAGAUUAGUGACUUUGGCAUCAGCAAGAAGGUGGAGAGUGGCCUCCUGUUCGCAGGUCCGACUGGAGGCAAAUCUCGUCCGGCUAUUCAGGGCAGUGUGUUUUGGAUGGCCCCAGAGGUGGUGAAGCAAACAGCCUUCACUGCCAAAGCUGACGUUUGGAGUCUGGGCUGCUGUGUUGUGGAAAUGUUCACGGCUACGCACCCCUGGCCCCAGCUUGACCAAAUGCAGGCCCUAUUCCAAAUUGGGAUGAACAAGACCCCGGCGCUCCCGCCGGACAUUUCGGAGGUGGCUGCCUCCUUCUUGAAUGCCACCUUUGAGCUGAAUCAUGCCGACCGGCCGUCGGCCGAUGAACUCCUCCGCCAUGCGUUUGUGUUGCAGGCGACCAACGAUGGUGAGAUGGAUGGGUCCGAGCCCUCGUAG